AUGGCCAGGUCCAUCCGGCAGCGUUUCCUGCCCGUCCUUCGUGCCAUCCUCGCGCCCGCCUGCGCAAUCAUUGCCUUUUCGUGCCUUCUCACCUUUUUCUUCGUCCUCUACCAACCCACCCGGGGUCCGGAGGCAGUUCAACGACUUGGAUGGCAGGCUUGGGCAGUGGUCUCCCCGCAAAUAGCGGAUCAGGUACCCCUCCCGAACGAUGGAUCAUCCGCACCUCCGGUACAGGGUGACGUUGAUUGGUGGAAUGUUACCACGGAGGACUCAUCGGUGGAUACGGCCAACUUGCCGCUCGACAUAUGGGCACCACUCCUUCCCCACGACACUGGCUUGACCGAGUUGUCGAUUGAACGAUGCCUAGUACCACCUGUGAUGGCGUCCGGGAACAUGUGCCAGCCACCUACUUCACCUGAGAAGGAUGCGAUCAAAGGAAAAUGGGUUCGCGUAGAAGGCAAUCUCAAUGCUCAAUCAGGAAUGUGGUACCUCCUGCUGCUCCUCCCCGAUAAACAGUCUCCUCCGGAUAUUGACGAUACCUGGCACAAGGUCUCGCGCUCCAUCAAGGACGGCGUCCCUGGUGCGAAGCCUCUUUAUCUGUGGUACAAGCUCGGCAAGACCAUGCGUGAGAUGACGGCGGAGGAUAAGGCCGGAUUGAUCACGGAGUUGGAUGUUCUGUACGGAGAGGACGUACCAUGGCCAGGCUUCGAGAAACUCGAACCGGCCAGCACGGAGGAACAAGCAGAGAGAACAAGCAGUGUUCACCUCACGUACCGACGAGGUGUGCAGCCGGUUCCCAAAGCGCUGCCUCUUCACUUCUCGCAUGACGGCCGCUUCAAGAUCCUACAGGUAGCCGAUCUGCACUUCUCAGUUGCCCGGGGGAAAUGUCGAGACACGGACCUCGUGCCAUGCUCUAAUUCAGACAACCUGACCUCAACUCUCAUCGACCACGUUCUUGACGCGGAGAAGCCGGACCUAGUCGUAUUCACAGGCGACCAGCUGAACGGCCAGGGUACGUCUUGGGAUUCAAGAAGUGUUCUAGCCAAGUUUGCGAAGGCUGUAAUCGCGAGGAAGAUUCCUUGGGCUGCAGUAUUUGGCAAUCACGACGAUGAGACGGGUGGUUCGAAAGAAUACCAGAUAAAGCAGAUGCAAGCGCUACCCUACAGUCUCGUUGAACCUGGCCCCAAAGAUGUUCAUGGCGUGGGCAACUAUGUGUUGAAAGUCAAGAGCGCUGAUCCGUCCAUGAUGCAUUUACUUACUUUGUACUUCCUCGAUUCUGGAGCAUAUUCCAAGGGAUUUUACGAUUGGUUUGGAUGGUUUACUGGCACGGAAUACGACUGGAUUCAUCGGCAUCGAUCAAAUCUAUUGAAAGACCAUUCACGCCAGAUGGAGGCAAAGACUUCGGGGACAUUUGGAGUCGCAGGCGGCGGGUCAGGUCCCUCCGCAAGGCAGGCGUCUAGCCAAACCAAAUGCCCUGAUGUUUUUCCAUAUUCCUCUGCUUACAACAAGGCCGAUCUUGAUUCGGAUGGAAAAUCUCUCGACGUUGGCAUUCAUGGACUAGAGGACAAAGGUUCUGCCAAGAAGAACGAGGGCUUUUUCGAGAAGGGUCUACUCCAAGCCCUGGAAAGCGAGCAUAACGCUGGCGGGAAUGCUCGAGAGGUGAAAGUUGUCGCGAACGGACAUUGUCACAUCACGGAGAACUGUAGGCGCGUUCGUGGAAUAUGGAACUGCUUUGGUGGAGGAGGAUUUGACCGUCGAUUCCGCGUUUACGACAUUUCGGCGUACGGGGAGAAGAUCGAGACCUACAAGCGUACGGAGAACGACGAAAUAAUCGACCGGAUGGUGCUUUCUGGACCUGGGGCACCCUCGACGUACGAGGGCACCAGGUAA